AUGGCAGGACUCCGGGUGCUGCUGUUUGCCCUCCUCCUGCCUUUCUACCUGGCCACACUCACAGGAAACCUGCUCAUCCUGGGCCUAGGUGUCGUGGACCCCACCCUGCACACCCCCAUGUACUUCUUCCUGGGCUCGCUAUCUGCUGUCGAGGUAGCCUACACCCUGGUGCUGACCCCGCGCAUGCUGGCUGGCUUCCUCCUGCCUCCUGGGGGCCAGGCCAUGGCUGCCUCUACCUGCGCGGCCCAGAUGGGUCUCUUUGUGGCUCUGGGGGGCUCGGAGUGCCCGCUGCUGGCUGCCAUGGCCCUGGACCGCUACCUGGCAAUCUGCCGGCCCUCAGUUCACGACUUCAGGGCUCUGCUGGUGCCUGCUCGCCUCCUGCUGUCGGUGCUGGUGCUAGCCUGUGGGAACCGGGACCUGCAGGAGCAUGUGCUCCUGGACGCGUGCCUGCUAUUGCUGGUACUGCCCCUAGCCCUGAUCCUGCUCUCCUACACCAGGGUGCUGGUGGUUAUCCUGGGCAUUGGUAGGGCUGCGGGCCACCGAAAGGCCUUCAACACUGUCAUGUCCCAUCUCACGGUAGCUGUGCUCCACUAUGGCUGUGCCAUGGCCAUGUACGCCAGACCCCUCCAAAGCUGCUCCCUGGAGGAAGACAAGCUUGUCUCGCUCAUCUACAUCAACCUCACACCCCUGCUCUACCCAGCCAUCUACACGCUGCAUAACCGGGACGUGCAGGGCGCCCUCCAGCAUAUGGCUGGCCAGAGUACACCAGGCGCCAUCCACCAAGCCAUUCUCACCUGA